AUGGCAGCGGCAAGCCAGGAUUCCACGGCGACCAUACCAGCAUCCAUAGCGGCGUCUCCAGCGAUGGCCACUGCAUCCAAGAAGAUCCCGCUUCCCAUUCCAGCAGACUUCGGCUUCGGGGGUGGGUACGGCGGACAGACGGUCCCCGGCGGUGGCCUCGGCGGGUUCAAUGGGUAUGAAGGAGGCCUCGGCGGAUGCUGUGGGGGCUUUGGGUACAACGGCUUUGGUGGUAACGGCGGGCUUGGGUACGACAAUGGGCCAUUGUUCUUUGGCUCAGCGCCGGCGUCAGGACUGAAGCUGAGCAGCUUGUUGGUUGGAAAUGGGUUUGCACCUCUCCUCGUGGCUGGGGCUGCAGCCAUGUUUUACAUGUGA